GGGAAAGUACGUCUUGUUGUAAUCAGCAAACACGCAAACAAAGUCACUUUCACUCACUCAAUUACCAAACGUUGCUUUAAGCCAUUCUUGGAACCUCGCUUAAGAAUACCCGAGUGUACUUGGCUUUCCCGUUUUGUUUCUUUGUCUUUCCCUGUGUUUUUUGCGUACUUGUUUCCGUGCUUUUCGAAGCCAUCUGCAUUUACAAACGCGGUAUACGAGUUUACCGUGACGAUCACCACUUUGGGCACCGUGAAUCACGAGACCCGACAAUUAGAGCACAUUCAUUUGAUUGAAGAUGUCUGACUCUGAUGACGAUAUUGCUCUUUCAAAGAGAGCCAGAGUCAAAGAUGAGGACUUUUCCGUAGACGUCUCAUCGCAGAACUCACGUGGCGUAACUGCCGCUGAUAGUGAUGAUGAAGCGUUGGUUACUGUGUCACGGAAGACAAAGAAAAGCAAAGCUCCUAAGCGCGCUGCUACGAAUGGUGACUCCAAACAGCCGCCAAAGAAGAAACUGAAGAGCUCAUCCACAACCUCAAAGAAAACAGCACCUUCGAAGAGUCAGGUCAAGAAAGAGGUGAAGAAGGAGGGAACGCCCACUCCUGCUAGGGAGGGCACACCAAAGGAAGAGGAUGGUGAUGGUGAUGAUGGUAUCUAUAAAUGGUGGGAAAAUCAACAAGAUGACGAUUCCAUCAAAUGGGAAACUCUUGAACAUAAUGGUGUCAUUUUCCCUCCUGAAUAUGAGCCUUUGCCAACCCACGUGAAGAUGUUCUACGAUGGUAAGCCUGUGAAUUUGCCUCCAGCUGCGGAGGAAGUUGCUGGCUUCUACGCUGCGAUGCUAGAGACUGAUCACGCAAAGAAUCCAACUUUCCAGAAGAACUUCUUCAAGGACUUCCUCAAGGUCUUGGAAGAAAGCGGUGGAUGCAAUGCUAGCAUCACUGACUUUGACAAGUGUGAUUUUACAAAGAUGUUUAACUACUUUGAAGCUAAAAAGGAAGAAAAGAAGAACAUGACAGCUGCUGAAAAGAAGAAGAUCAAAGCUGAAAAGGAAAAAUUCGAAGAGCCUUAUAAGACGUGUCUGUUGAACGGGAGAAAAGAGCAAGUUGGUAACUUUAGAGUUGAACCACCGGGUCUUUUCAGAGGUCGUGGUGCACAUCCCAAAACUGGUAAGCUCAAGAGAAGAGUUUACCCUGAAGAUAUCAUCCUCAACCUUGGCAAAGAUGCCAAAAUUCCAGAUCCGCCUCCAGGACAUUCAUGGGGUGAAGUGAGACAUGACAAUACUGUGUCAUGGCUAGCUAUGUGGAGAGAAAACAUCUCCAACAGUGUGAAGUACGUCAGAUUUGCUGCUAAUUCUUCUCUUAAAGGUAUGAGUGAUUACAAGAAGUUCGAGAAGGCAAGAGAGCUGAAGAACCACAUCGAAAGAAUCAGAAAGGACUACCGUGUCAUGUUGAAGGAUCAACUUAUGCUAAAUAGACAGAUCGCCACUGCAACGUAUUUAAUCGAUGUGUUUGCUCUUAGAGCUGGUGGUGAAAAAUCGGAUGAUGAAGCAGAUACUGUGGGUUGUUGUUCUCUUAGAUUUGAACACAUAACACUGAGUCCUCCAAACACUGUGAUCUUUGAUUUCUUGGGUAAAGAUUCCAUCAGAUUCUAUCAAGAAGUUGAAGUAGAUUUACAAGUUUUCAAGAACUUGAAGAUCUUUAAGCGCCCUCCAAAAGUUCCAGGUGAUGAUCUUUUCGAUAGAAUUGAUCCAAGUGUUUUGAAUAAGCAUUUCCAAAAGUACAUGCCAGGGUUAACGGCCAAAGUGUUCCGUACUUAUAACGCUUCCAAGACCAUGCAAGACCAGUUGGAUCUGAUUCCAAACGAAGGUACACCAAAUGAAAAGGUUGUCAAGUUCAACGCUGCUAACAGAACCGUGGCAAUCUUGUGUAAUCACCAGCGUACCGUGUCUAAAGGCCAUGAAACUGCUAUGCAAAAAAUCAACGAUAAGCUCAAGGAGAUGAUGUGGCAAAAGAUCAGGCUUAAGAAGAUGAUGCUACAGCUUGACUCAAAGCUGAAGAAGAAGAAACCAAAGUAUUUCGAGGAGUUGGAAGAUUUAACUCGUGAAGAUGAGGCCACCAUUCAUAAGAACUUGAUUGCCAGAGAGCAUGAGAAGUACGAAAAGAAGUUCAAGCGAGAAAACGAUAAAAGAGCUGAGAACAAGGAGGAGCUUUUGCCAAAGUCUCAGCUAAAAGAGUGGAACAAUAAGGUCAAGGAGCUGGAAAAGCAGUACGCAAAGGAAUUGAAGAGUGGUAAACCCGUUGUUCCUGACAAUGCCACGCUGGAGAAACUAGAGGCGCAGGUUGAAAAGCUCGAACAGAGAAUCGCAAAUACCAUGCUGCAAAUGAAAGACAAAGAGGAUAACUCUCAGGUCGCCUUGAGUACUUCCAAGAUCAACUACAUCGACCCAAGAUUAUCGGUAAUGUUCUGUAAAAAGUACGAUGUUCCUAUCGAGAAGGUCUUCACGAAGACCCUGAGAGAGAAGUUCAAAUGGGCCAUCGAGUCUGUUGACGAGAAUUGGAGGUUUUAACACGCGUUUGCUUGGUGUCCCAUCUUAUUACAUAAGCCAGAACUCAUUUCCACGGUGUGCUAUACAUGAACCGGUGUGUAGUUCUCUAACAUUUCUCCCUCCUUCGAUACGCGUCAUCUGACAUUGGCGAAUGAUUUUUUCGCCUUCUUUUCAUUCUUUAUGCGGUCAGAUCCACGCGUUUUGCUGUUUCGUGAUACAUCGAAAAACGC